AUGUUCCUCUUCUCUCGCAAAACCAAGACGCCCAUCAGCACCUACACGGACUCCUACAGGCCUCCGAACACGGUCAAGAAGACCUUCGAGGAGCACCCGAUGGCCCUCUGGAGCGAAAACAAGUUUGUGACGCAGGGUUUGACGGUUCCCAGACUGGACAACCAGGUGGAUCAGGCGCAUCUGGAGAAGAUGGUGAAGAAUGCAGUUCAGGAGUACACGUACAAGAACUCCAUCGAACCAACUGCUUAUCGGCCGUACAAAUACUGGGUGACCAGGGAAGAGGAGAGGUACAAUCCAAUCUUUGUUGGUGAUGACCGGUACGCGACGUGGAGGACCGGGCCCUACAACAGCGCGACAUGGAACAGAUACACCACCUACCUUCCGCGGAUACCCAGGGAUGCUGGGAUGCAGACGAUACUUCACGGGAUGCCCAUGCAGUACCCUCCAAAACCGGAACGUCUCAACAGUUACGCUUCGCUCGCCAAUCCACCCUCACCGCUAAUACCAUCCCGGCAGGGAUGCCCUACCAAGGGCAAUUUCACAAGUUCUCUGCACCGCCACUACUGCUUGCGGGAAUGGACUACUAUGGACGGAGCGCCCAGCAACGAGCAGCAGAUCAGCCAUCUAGUUGAGAAGAUUGUGGGUGUCUGGCGCUUACGAUGCGCCGGCAUGAAGCCGGGCAGCUGUCCUCGGCCGGAAGGCCUCACUCGGCCCAACAGGGCGGUGGAGAGGGGAAGCUCGCGGGCGCUGCCCACGCACCAUGGCAGUUGGUCAGCCCCCGUUGCCUGCAGGGUGGGCAAGGAUGUGGGGCCGGCUGCUCGCUCGCGGAGCCACAGUGCAAGGGGUGAAGAGUCAAGAUGCUUCUCGAAAGCCUCAGGUUCCUACCCCCCGGGCUGGGGCCCUCCCACCCCAGCUGUGCACCCCUGGCUGGGACUCCAUGGUGGGGUGCACCUGCAGUGGAACCUGCCCAGCCCUGAGUUGGAGGUAUGGAGCCGGAUGGUGCUCUCCUGCCCUGAUCUCCAUGUGGGAGAUUGGGGGCACGAACAGCCGCCUGUUCAACCACCACCUUCCGUGGUCUCCAUUCCGAUCCCAAUUAAGGGGGAGGGAAUCCUUCCUCUGUCCCUUCUAACUCUCCUUUUUCUGUCCCCUGCCAGCUGGCCUACGAGUCACUUCAGAAAGAGCGGAGGAGCAGAAAGGGACAGCUAUAUAAUUCAUCCUGAGUUCGCUUCGGAGUCCUACCCGGCCCCAUCAUGUUGGUGGUAGAGAGUUGAAACAGGCUGCCAUUAAA